UAUCUCGGAUGUUCAAAAGCUUGUUUCUUCCUGUCAUAUAAGCGACCAUGGAAAAGUACGCUCAAACUCUGUUCCGUUUAUUACUAAUUUUGAUUAUUUUAGCUAUCGCAUCCGGAAAUCCAAACUGUCCAGCUGAAGAAAACGAAAACUCGGACGCCGUUCUGCUCCCACAUCCAGACGUCUGCAGUAAAUAUCUUAUCUGUUCGAACGGGGUCGCUUACGAGCAAGACUGCCGCGACGGAUUACUUUUUAAUCCGGCACUGUUGGUUUGCGAUUGGCCGGAAAAUGUCGAAUGCGAAAAAUGUGUUUUCCAUUCCACAGCACUAAUUGCACUCUUCUGUUUGUUUGUGGUGGGCGUGGCAUAUGGUCAGAAUUGCUACGGUCAAUCCAACGGAAGCACACAGCCAGAUCCUUCGCGAUGCAAUUUUUACUACUUCUGCAACAAUGGAAAUAGCAAUCCGGUGAGCUGUCCUAGUGGCUUGCAUUAUAAUGCUCGGGGAAAGGUUUGUGAUCGUCCCAGCAGAGCAGGUUGUGUUAUGUGCCCUUCAAGUGGUUUUCGGAAUCUGCCAGUUGCUGGUGCAUGCAACAAGUUUAUCCAGUGCUUCCAGGGCGUGGCCACUGAUAGAGAAUGUCCAAAGGGAUUGCUCUUCGACUCUAGCUAUGGACAGUGUAACCUUGAACGAAAUGUCAGAUGUUAAUUCGCGGUUGGGAUUACCCCAAUAAAAUGUUGGUAAUAU